AUGACAGAGAAGCUCGGCAAGGUCUAUGAGAAAACCUUUGCAGAGAUUCGCUCCUCACUGUCAGGAGACACCUAUGCCAAUGUCCAUGACUGGAUGCAGGCAGAGUACUUGGCGAACCCUGCCCAGCUGAUGUCUGAGCUGAAGGAGCUGGAGGGUGAGUGCCGGCAGAUACUUGGGCUCCCAGGCUCCAGCAACAUCCAGAGCACAGUCCCUGACUCCUUGGUGACUGACCAAGAUGUACCCCGACGCUUCAAGUUGGCCCUGUGGCAGUUUGGCUUCCUGGCUGACAGCCAGCUCAAGGGGCCUGUCCAGUCAUACGCAGUGUCCCUCACCUGCACCCAGCGAGACAACUUGCAGAAGCUGAUGGUGUUCAAGAGAGGCUCAGAAGUGCAGCCAUUCACGGUGGCACUGGCCAUCGGAUCUGCUACAGUCAUGAGCUGCUUUCUGUUCGCAAUCUUCAGCAAAAGGCUCGACAUUCUCGCAGAGCACAUCACGGACGAAGAACUGCAAAGGGAGUUGGCCUUGCGCCUGAUGAAGACCCUUGUGCUCCACACGACGAGCUCUGGAGAUGACAAUCCCGACAGAAGAAUGCUUCAAAGCCUGGGGGAGAAGCGUGCAGCUGCGCAGCGCACGCAUCCGAGCCCCUUCCAGCACUGGUCUAGGGAGCAGCGCCUGCGCGACCUCAUCCGUGAGCAGAACGCAUCCGCGGUGUCAAAAGCUCGAGUGGGCACAGAGGAGAUGUCAGUGAUGAUAUUCCUGGACAGUGCAGGCCCUGAGACCAGGAAAAUCAUUGCGGCAGCCCACCAGAGCGAGGCGCCGCAGUUCACGGCGUUCCCGUUGUCGCUUCUCACCAAGGACUUCUUGCACCCGAAGAAAGAGGAGAACCCGGUCUGGCAUGCGAUCCACGGCCAUUCCUGGGAGAAGGUCGAGUGGUGGGCCCGAAGCGUCUAUGGCAAAUGGGAGCAUAAGAUCUCCCAAGUGAUCCAGGCUGGGCAGGUUCCAGCCGUCAAGAGCUCGACAGGCUGCGCGCCCUUCCGAGAUUCCGGCAAAGAACUGGAAAUCUACUGCAUGGCCCAGCUCAUGCAGCACUACAACCACGCCUUCGUGAAGAUGUUGCCACAGGACCGCUACAAAGAGCUCAUGACCAUGUGGAACAGUGGCCUGGUGGACUCGAAGGUCAUGCCCGCCAUCAUGGCGAAGCGCAAGGAAUUUGAGCCGAGGGAUCUCGCCUUCCUUGCCCUGCAAGACGAUCGAGCUCCCCGCGACUUCCUCAAUCCAGCAGGGACUGCUGAAAAGCAGGAAGCUCUCAAGCGCCUGGUCAAGCAGCUCCAGCAUGAGCAGCGCGCCUGGCGGGUGUACUUGCAGAAGGCAAAGGCCUCCGACGACAUGCAGAGGGGCGACUGGAACGUCCAGGUGGCGAGGCAGCAGGAGCGCCUUGAGGAGGCCUGGCAGAGCCUCAGCAGUGCCUGGUGUGUCACGACAGCCGCCAAGGACACUGCUGUCCGGGAAAUUGAUGUCAUGACCUCAGCACAGCCAUGCCACACGUCGCUGCCCACCGGCACAUGCUGGCAGAUGCGGCAGAUGCUGUCCAGGAUCCCGCCUUGCCAGCCAUGCUACGGGAAGAUGGACAGCUCAGGAGACGAAAGGGUGGAGAGCACAGCCAGGCAUGUGGAGCUGUGGCUGGAUCAACUUUCAAAGCCUGAGCACAAGCUCCUCAUCCGCAAGGUGAGGGUGACCUGGAGCGCGGAGACAUUUUACAGCCCAGAGCGGGAGCUUGCCUGGGAAGCAUGGAUCACACUGUCAUCCACGACCAGGGUGCCCAACAAAGCCAGCUCCUUCAAUCACGUGCUGGGCAACAGCCCACUUCUGAAGCGCGGUGCUUUUCCAGUUUUCAUCAACGCCAUGGCUCGGAAGGACUUCCGCAACUGGAAGGUGCCGCUGGGCUUCGAUGGUGCUGGAGGCUCCAACAACGCCUUGUCCAUUGAGCAGCUGCAGUGGUUCAGCGGCUCUGAGCUCCACUCACAGUUUUUGCGCCACCUCUUCAUGGGCUCCAGCUUGGGGAAGCAGAGCCGGGUUCAGGUCAUCGACAUGUUUCUUCUCGACGACCAGCCUGGAACAAGUGUGGUGGACUUGAACUGCCUCAGCGACCGCGGGCUUCCUCAAGUCGGGUACUGUGGAAUAGUGUGGAUCCAAGAGAAAGCACUUGUGAGGAAUGUCAUCCUGGAGAAUGUCACCACAUCCCUCUCUAACAUGUACAAGGAAAAGCUCCGACAGAAGACGCUGCUCUUGGAGACGGGGGUCGUCGUCCCGGAGGUUGGCCAGGGGGCGGGUGCACAGCACACAAAGCCUGAGUAUGACCCCAAGGACUUUGAGCUGUGCUGGCCAAGGGCAAAUCAGGAGCUUCCACUUCGGCAGACCACUGUGGAUCAGGCAGAGAAGCUCAAUGGCAUCUCCAUCACAGACUCCAGUGGUCAAGGGAUCCAGUGGUCCAGCCUUCAAAAGGCCCACAACGACGAGUUCUGCCCCAGCGGUGAGGCCUACAACCCUGCCAGCAACAAGAGGAGCCCAGAGUGCAGCACCGAGCCUCCAGAUGGCCUGCUGAGCACUGGAGUUGCCACGGACGACUUCCAGCUGAUCUUGGCACCUGACGGCUCUCUUUACGUCAAAGCCCUCAAAGACUCCUGCCUGGAAAGCAGUGCAGCACUGUUCCUGUGCAAAGGCACGUACAAAACUGGAGCAACCGCCAAGGCAGAGAAGGGCAAGCCUGGCUCCGCCUUCAUUCCCUCCGAGAUGAGCCAGGACACCUUGGUGGUUGUCGACUUGGGCGGCACCCGCUGUCCGAACGGUGCUCCUCCCAGUUUUCCAGUGCCUCUUGGAGCUGCCUUGCAAUGGUUUGCCGGCGCGCGUCUUCAGGUCGGUGCAAUCAAGGUAGCCGCCACAGAUGAUGUCAUCUACCAGCUGGAUGUGAGCCGCAAAGAUAUGGACCCAAAGGCAGUGAUUGCAAAGGAAGCACUGUCCAGCUACGUUGACUAUAGCAAGCUCACCCAUCUCAAGGCAAUCCAGCGGGUGAAGUAUGAUGAGAGUGGUAAGGCGCUCAAGCAAGGCAUUCCCGCUGUUCACGCAUCCCAGUCAAUUCGUCUCAAAAAGGACGAAGUGUAUAAGAUGUAG